GUCACUUUGAGCGCGGAGUUUGUUGGCGGAAAAAAAUAUCUGUGAAACAAGUCUGAUUCAGAGUGGCUUCCUUUAUCCUUUGUUGUGUUAAAGAUUUCCCCGUCGAAACCCGAAAACAUUCGUCAACAAUAUUUUCGUUUGAAAUGAGAUUUUAUUGAAUUAAAAGGAUCCAAGAAAGAUGGAGGUGUCUCCUAUCGAAAAGGAACUGAACCACACCGAGGAGUGUCCCAUCAAGGAUGAGAGGAGCCACAGAAGAGCCAAAAGAUCAAGGAAUGUGGAGAUGGAGAUUGACAACCUUUACAAAGCAGUCCCUCAGCUUCACAAAGUUUUCAACGUCAUAGACAAAAUCGGAGAAGGCACCUUCAGUGCAGUAUACCUUGGGGAGGCUAAGAUGCUGGAUGGGGGCCGGGAGAGGUUUGCCCUCAAGCGUCUCAUUCCCACCAGCCACCCUGCUCGAAUCGCUGCUGAACUCCAGUGUCUCACCAUCGCCGGGGGCAGGGAGAACGUGAUGGGCGCCACCUACUGCUUCAGGAGGGAGGGAGAGGUGGUGAUCGUCAUGCCCUACAUGGAGCACCAACCCAUUGGGGAGAUCAUCGGGAUGCUGAGCUUUGAGGAGGUCCGUCUGUAUAUCUACAACCUGCUGAAAGCCCUUAAACACAUCCACCAGUUUGGGAUCAUCCAUCGCGACAUUAAGUUCAACAACUUCCUCUACAACCGGAGAGCCAAGAUGUAUUCCCUGGUGGACUUUGGCCUUGCGCAGGGCACGGCCGACACCCAGAUCGAGCUGCUGAAGGUGGUGAAGCAGAGGGCCACUCAGAAGGCUGGGGGGGCCACAGGGAAGACAGACACUGGGGUUCCGGGGAAGAAGGCCCCUAGAGCCCCAGACACUCCCACGCCCCUCACCACCACCGGCCCCCCCUCUCCCCCUCAGCCCCAACAGCAGUCCACCGCCCCGCCUUCCUCCUCCUCUUCCUCCACCACCGCCACCGUCACCCCCACCACUGCCACUGCUGCUACCUCAUCUCCGUCAACUGGGAAACAAGUGGCUCGUCCUGCCACCACCACCACCACCACCACCACCACCACUUCUAAACACACCAAGGAGUUGUCGCGUCUGAGCCGGACCCCGCGGCCCGUGUUUGGAGAGAGGAACCUCAACAGCGUCCCCUCGGCCCCCACCGCCACCACCACCAUCACCACCACCACCACCACCACCAAGCCCCCGGCCGCAAGGAUAGAGCUGGUGAAGCCGGGGAGGACGGAGGACCUGGUCACCAGGCGGGUGGCCCCGGCCCCCCGGAAGCCGGCCCCGGCCAGCCGCCGGGCGCUCCCCGCCAGGAGCCUCCCCCGGACCUCCACCGUCAGCCCCGCCCUCACCUGCCACUGCUUCCAGACGGAGCGGGUCUGCAACAUCUGCAUGUCCAGGAAGAAGCAGGUGGCCCCCAGGGCGGGAACUCCCGGCUUCAGGGCCCCAGAGGUCCUGACCUGCUGCCCCACCCAGGGGACCGCCAUAGAUGUGUGGUCGGCGGGCGUGAUCCUGCUGUCUCUGCUCAGCAACCGCUACCCCUUCUUCAAGGGCAGCGAGGACCUGGUGAGCCUCACGCAGAUCAUGAUCGUACGUGGCUCCCGGGAGACCGUCCAGGCCGCCAAGACCUUUGGCAAGGCGGUGGUCUGCAGCCGCGAGCUCCCCCGCCAGGACCUGCGGCUGCUCUGUGAGCGGCUCCGGGGCCGCCGGCCCGCGCCCGACGGGGACGAGGCACGCCUGGGGGAGGGGAAGGAGGACCAGGAGGAGGGGCCCAGGCCCAGCGGCGUGGCAGCAGCUCCGCCCGCCGAGGGGCCGCGGCCCCCGGCGCCCGUCAACGACCAUCACCUCCCCAUCAAGAAGCAGCACCGCCGCCUCGAGUGCACCGCCGGGGUCCCCGCUCCGAAGGCCCCCCGGCUGGAGGGCGCUGAGGGGGUCCGGGCAGAGGAGGAGGAGGAGGAGGAGCAGCGGGGCUGGGACAGAGUUCCAGGCGAGGCCUACGGGCUCUUGGACAGACUGCUGGACCUGAACCCGGCCACCAGGAUCACAGCGGCCGAGGCCCUGCUCCACCCGCUGUUCACGGACCUCCACUGACCCCCCGAGGCCCUGCUCCACCCGCUGUUCACAGUCCUCCACUGACCCCCCGAGGCCCUGCUCCACCCGCUGUUCAGACCUCCACUGACCCCCGGAGGCUCAGUGAAGGUCCUGCUCCACCCGACACAAUGGACGAGUUAAAGAGAAGGAGCCUCUUCUUGUGGAGCGGUUUUUAUUUAGAGGGCCCCUCAGUCUAACUUCAGUGAUCGAAGAAGGAGCAAAGCGUUUGAAACCAGAUCAGUUUGGAUUGGUUUUUUGUUUGGACGGGCUGGCGAGGAGUUUGGUUUUCAGUUGUAAAUAAUUCCUGGUGCCUUUGCUUUAUGCGUGUAAGGAUGAACGAGUACUAUUUAAAUGUUUUAAUUUUAUAAUUCUUAUAAAUAAAAAAUUUAAACUAAAAGUUGAGCUGAUGGGCUUAUAUCUUGUCUUCUGUUUUCAUUCACUUAUUCUACGACAGA